AUGGUGGACAUGUCGGGAAGUGACGGCAACUCGAAACAACAUCCAGGCAAUUCCAGAACCCCACUCCUUCACUCAAACCACCAUGUUCACCGCGAGAAUUGCUGCCCGUCGUCUGCCCCGGGCUCUCAUGACCCCAAACGCUUCUACAGCGAAGACGCUGGAUCGGUGGCUAAAUCCAAGGGUUUCAAUAAGAAGGAACAAGCUCACGAGAACGAGUACGCUCGCCGUCAUGAGGCAGAACAGCUUGCGAAAAUGCGCGCCAACAUCGAGCAGAAGAAGACCGAGCUGGAACAACUGGAAAAGGAACAUGCCGCUGAGUUGGCCAAGGCCGGCAAGCAGUAAAAGAGACUUGCAUGGUCUUGCCUUGAUCCUGUGUAGUGCAUGGUACCAUUGUAUUCAUACAGUCUCGCUUCAUCCAAUCCCAGAAUCGAAAUCCAUAAAUG